AUGUGGAAAUGUACGAAAAUUAACGAACGAAAUACUCCACCUGCUGAUGUUGUUGAGGGUGUUGUUGCUGCUGUUGCUGGGUCACUUGUUGUUGGGUUUGUUGUUGUUGUUGUUGCACUUGUUGUUGUGCCUGAUGCUGCUGUUGUUGUUGUUGUUGUUGCUGUCCAGCAAGUUGAGCAAAAUAGUCGUGCACAGCUGCGCCUGCCGUGUAAUAAGUCUGAUGAAAACCUUGCUGAAAAUGUGUCUGCGCCUGGGCAUGCUCUGUUUGCUGAGUUUGAGCUUGAGGCUGCUGUUGUGGCUGCUGCUGCGAGUGUUGCGUCUGCUGCAACUGUUGAUGCUGUUGUUGUGCUUGCUGAUGGGCCACCAAUUGAUGAUGUUGUUGUUGUUGAUGAUGCGCUGUUUGCUGGAUGUGAUGCUGAUGUUGAUGCGCAAGCUGCUGCUGUUGUUGCUGCUGAUGCUGUUGAGUUGGUUGUUGAUGCGGCUGUGUUUGCUGUGCCUGUUGUUGAUGAGACGUAUGUUGGACAGCGGCUGCUGCAUGACCAAAAUUCAAGUAUGCCGCAGCAGCAGUCUGGCGCGCCAUUUCCUCAGCAGCUUUUAAGUAGGUUUGGUGUUGGUGCACUUGCACAUGCUGCCGUUGUGGCUGCUGCUGAAGCUGCUGUGAUUGCUGCUGAUGCUGUAGCUGUUGGUGCUGUGAUUGCUGGAGCUUUGGGAAGAUAA